UAUCAACGAACGUGCCAGUUGUGUUUUGUUUCUCUCCGGUGGCAGUGCCAUAAGUGAAUACGUGAUUUGAAUAUUAAACAAUAAAUCGAUACUAGAGAGCAUCAUGCACGAUACUAUAAGUAAUCAGUUAGAGCAAGAUGGUUACGCAGUAAUCGAAGACUUCUUACGACCAGCCGAAUGCGAUGAAUUGGUUGCAGCGGGCAUCGAACUGACUAAAAACAUAUCAGAUACUGACCAAAAAACCACUUUCUCGACAAAAGAAGGAGAGAGACGGCAAAUACAAGACAAAUAUUUCUUGGAGAGCAAUGACAAGAUCAGUUACUUUUACGAGGUAGACGCUGUUGGACCCGACGGAAAACUUACUGUGGAUCCAACUGUCUCAUUAAAUAAAGUUGGCCAUGCCUUACAUUUGCUGCAUCCGAUCUUCAGAUGUUAUACAUACAGUGACCGUGUAAAAGCGGUCUGUCACCAAUUAGGAUUCAAAGAACCAGCCGUGGUACAAAGCAUGUACAUUUACAAGAAUCCAGGUCUCGGAGGGGAAGUGACAGCUCAUCAAGAUGCCACAUACUUAUACACAGAACCCAUACCACCAAUAGGUUUUUGGAUCGCUCUAGAAGACGCCACUAUCCAAAAUGGUUGUCUCUGGAUGGCAAGAGGUUCCCACAAAUCAGGGGUCCAUAGACGUCUAAUACGAAACCCCGACAAAGAUCCGGCCGUUAUAUUUGACAGACCGGAAGCUGUGUAUCCUCAAUCCAGCUUCACUCCGGUUCCCGUUAGCAAAGGAACCUGUAUUCUACUUCAUGGUAAUCUAGUACACAAGAGUGCGCACAACAGAUCUGAAAAAAGUCGUCAUGCAUACACUUUUCACAUCGUAGAAAAACUGAAUAACCAAUAUUCACCAGAUAAUUGGUUGCAAGAAGGAAAAGACGCUCCAUUUUUAAAUAUUUACACCACGCAACAGUCCAUGUAGAAUUAUAUUCAUUAAAAAAAGACCUUUUAAAGACAUUUAUGCGAACAGUAAAUGUAUUUAGGAACCUGGUAAUUAUAUAACUUCCAUCUUUAUCUAUGACAUGAUUAAAUGAAGCCAUUAUUAGACAACAAAAAAUAACAACUCCAAAACAACUAAUUUUAACAUUAACAAAAAUAAACGUAGUUACACGAAUUCGCUUCUUUUAUAAACCUCAUAGUGAAAUUAUCCUUACCCAUGAAUAAAUUACCAAACGUAUAAUUAUAAAGCUAUUAUCGUAUUAUAAUUUACCAUGAGUGGCGUAUAAUUGGUCAUAUUAUUUUUUAAAUGACUUUGUUUUUUAAUACAUCAAUUCUAUAUUUUUGAGUAAAAUUUUAUACCACGUCCGUGGUUAUUAAAUUGUGAUAAUUAUUUUAAUAAACGAAAAAUAUAUUUUUUGU